AAACUUCCACCUGGUUUUCCGCUCAUCACACAGUCGCCAAUUAACAAUAAAGUAGUUGAAAUAGGUCAUAACACCCUCCUCUCAUGCGCAGCAACUGGGGAUCCACCACCAAAAAUAACAUGGCUGAAAAAUAUGAGACCAAUCAACAUGUCAUCGAAUCCCCGAUAUGUUAUCAAGGACGACAUGCCAGGUUCCCUGCAAAUAAAGAAUAGCGACGAGAAGGACCAUGGCAAGUACGAAUGCGUUGCUGAAAAUUCGAUUGGGGUCGAUUAUUCAGCUUCAGCCAUACUCUACGUUAAGGUACGUCGUGUAUCACCACAAUUUUCCAUUCCCCCACCUCCUGUAACAGAGGUUAUGUUGGGUGCUGACCUAAACUUGACAUGCGUGGCUGUCGGCUCCCCUAUGCCGUAUGUGAAGUGGAGAAAGGGAUCCACCCAAGAGUUGACACCCGAGGAUAAGCUACCAAUUGGAAAAAAUACAUUGCAACUUUCAAACAUAAGGGAAUCUGCCAACUAUACUUGCGUAGCAGCCAGUGCCCUUGGGGUCUUGGAGGCUGUUGCCCUUGUAAAAGUACAAUCAUUACCCGGUCCACCCACUAACGUAAGAGUGUCCGAGAUUACUGCAACCACCGUAAGGUUAACCUGGUCCUACGAUGGCAUGGAGGAGCUUCAAUACUAUGUGAUACAGUUCAAACCGAAAUAUGCCAAUCAAGCUUUCAGCGAGAUAUCAGGAAUCAUAACAAUGCAUUAUCAUGUUAGAAACCUCAGUCCGUAUACGGAGUACGAAAUGUAUGUGAUUGCGGUUAACAACAUCGGAAGAGGACCACCAAGCGCACCAGUGAAUGUUACCACCGGCGAAACAAGUGGCAAACCUGGAACAGCUCCCAGAAAGGUAGAAGUUCGUCCACUGAGUUCUAGUACAAUGGUUAUUCAAUGGGAUGAACCUGAAACACCGAAUGGUCAAGUACUGGGAUACAAAGUUUAUUACACAACAAAUCCAAAUCUUCCAAUGGCACAAUGGAAGUCGCAAACUGUCGACAACAAUCAGCUAACGACUAUCAGCGAACUCACCCCACUCACUAUAUACACCAUAAGAGUUCAAGCUUUCACCUCUGUGGGACCAGGGCCACUUAGUGCGCCUGUACAUGUGAAAACACAGCAAGGUGUCCCUAGUCAACCUAGCAAUUUGAGAGCUUCAGAUAUUGGCGAAACAGCAGUUACAUUGCAGUGGACCAAACCAACUCAUUCUGGCGAAAGUAUAGUUAGUUAUGAACUCUAUUGGAACGAUACUUACGCCAAAGAAAAGCAUCAUAGACGUAUACCUAUUUCUGAAAGUUACACUUUAACGGGACUCUAUCCGAACACUUUAUAUUAUGUAUGGUUGGCGGCAAGGUCACAAAGAGGAGAAGGCGCUACUACACCACCAAUACCAGUUCGUACAAAGCAGUAUGUACCUGGAGCUCCACCGACAGACGUAAAAGGGGAGGCGGUAAGUCCAACCGCUAUUAGAGUUUCUUGGAGUCCACCCCGAACUAAUAGAAGCAACGGAAAUAUUAUUUACUACAAACUUCAAGUUGUGGAAGCAGAUAGAUCAGAUAGUGAUGCAACUGUUACAAGACUCAAUGAUACUUCCUUUAUUAUUGACGAACUCAAGAAAUGGACUGCUUAUCGUAUAUGGGUAUUGGCUGGGACUUCUGUAGGAGAUGGGCCUGCUUCAUAUCCGAUCACCGUUCAAACUUAUGAAGAUGUGCCUGGGGAUCCACAAGACGUCAAAGUAACCCCAAUCAAUUCUACUACGAUUAAAGUGAAUUGGAGUCCCCCCUUGGCAAAAGAUAGGAAUGGAAUAAUUCUUGGAUAUCAUGUGCACGUUCAAGAAACCAAAGAUGAAGGGAGAAACUUUUUGAAUGAACCAAUGAAAUUUGACGUACUAGACGACUCUAUCCUAGAACUCAACGUGUCUGGACUACAGCCUGACACUACAUACGCGGUUCAGGUAGCGGCACUCACGAGAAAAGGUGAUGGUGAUAGGAGUAAUCCUGUAAAUGUUAGAACUCCUGGUGGAGUGCCCAACAGACCAGCUCUUACACUGAAGGUAAUCGAACAGGAACCAACUGUUACAAUUGAAUUAGAAUGGUCCAAACCAUCUCAAACUUAUGGGGAGCUGAAAGGGUAUAGGUUAAGAUAUGGUGUGAAAGAUCAGUUACUGAAGGAAGUUUCUCUCAAAGGAACGCAUACCAACACAUAUCGAAUAAAUGAUUUGGAGAGAGGUGUAGAAUAUGAAUUCAGAGUAGCCGGACAGAAUCACAUAGGUAUUGGUCAAGAGGCUAUAAAAUACAGGAAUACACCUGAAGGUCCACCAACUGGUCCUCCGUCUAAUAUUACUUACAGAUUUCAAACACCAGAUGUAGUAUGCAUAACAUGGGAUCCACCAAUUAGGGAGCAUCGUAAUGGAAGAAUCCUCAAAUAUGAUAUACAGUUUCAUAAAAAAACGGAUCAUAACAAUAUAAUUACCAGGAACAUAUCGACUACAAAAGCAGUUUUCACUCAUCUCGAGGAGAAUACUGAAUAUGUUUUUCAUAUCAAAGCAUACACAAGUCAAGGAGCCGGACCUUAUAGUGAGAAAAUGACAAUCACAACUGAACGAGACAUUGGUCGAGCUCCAAUGUCGGUAAAAGCAGUUGCUACUUCAGAUUCAAGUGUUGAAGUAUGGUGGGAACCAGUGCCUUCUAGAGGAAAAAUUGUAGGUUAUGUUAUAUUUUAUACAAUGACAGCUGUUGCAGAUUUAGAUGAAUGGCAAAGAAAAGAAGUAGGUCAAACAGAAUCAGCUGAUUUGUUGAAUUUAGAAAAAUAUGCACAAUAUGCAGUUGCCGUUGCUGGCGUUUUGAGUAACAAUCGAAGCUUAGGGAGACUAUCAGAGACUGUUACAGUUAAAGUGAAACCCGAAGAUGUUCCUCUCAAUUUGAGAGCACAUGAAGUCACUACUCAUUCAAUGACAUUAUCAUGGGGCCCACCUAUAAGACUGAACCCUAUCAAAUAUAAGAUAUCUUUCGACGCUUUGAAGGAAUUUGUCGAUUCCCAAGGAAUUACACAAACUCAAAAUAUUCCUAAAGUUGAAAUUCUUCUGGAUGCUAGUGUUAAAUCUUACACAAUCAAUGAACUGUCACCAUUUACGACUUAUAAUGUUAACGUUAGUGCCAUUCCAACCGAUUAUUCUUACCGUCCUCCUACGAAAACCACUGUUACUACACAGAUGGCGGCUCCUCAACCUAUGGUUCAACCAGAUUUCUAUGGUGUUGUUAAUGGGGAGGAAAUAGAUGUUAUCUUACCCCAAGCAUCUGAAGAAUAUGGACCUAUAAGUCAUUACUUCCUGAUUGUAGUACCGGAAGACCCAGAAACUGUAAAUAAAAAUCCGGAUCAGUUUUUAACUGACAAUCUUAUUCAGAAUAAGGAUAAAAUCGCGGAACAACCAAAUUUACCAUUUAUCGCUGCUAAGUUUCCCCAGAGAAGUAUUCCUUAUACAUUCCAUUUAGGUACUGGUAAAGAAAAGGAUGGAUUCAUCAAUCAUAAAUUAGAACAUGGCAAACGUUACAGAAUAUUUGUCAGAGCGGUGGUAGACACACCUCAAAAACAUUUAUACACUAGUAGUCCAUUCUCCGAGUUCUUAUCGCUGAAUAUGAGAGAAGUGCCUCCUGGAGAUCCACCACUAAGGCCUAAUCCAAACACGCCAGACCAUGAUGUGAAAGUUAUGUCCCAAAAAAGGGAAGCAGGAUUCUUCUGGAUAAUUGGCCCUAUUAUUUUAGCACUCCUCCUUUCUCUGAUAUUAGUUAUUAUGUUUUUGUACCGUAAACGAUCACAACCAUGUAAAACUCCAGAUCAAACCGCUGUAACAAGGCCACUGAUAUCAGCAGAUCUCAAUAGCAGUGUAGCACCAAGCGAUCCGGUAGAAAUGAGAAGACUCAAUUUCCAAACUCCUGGCAUGAUAUCACAUCCUCCUAUAUCGAUUUCGGAACUUGCUAACCAUAUUGAGAAACUGAAAGCCAAUGACAAUAUGAAAUUUUCUCAGGAAUAUGAAAGUAUAGAACCUGGUCAACAAUUCACAUGGGAUCACUCAAAUAUGGAUAUAAAUAAACCUAAGAAUAGAUAUGCAAAUGUUAUUGCUUAUGAUCACAGCCGAGUAAUACUACCACCAGAGGAAGGUAUUCUUGGAAGCGAUUACAUUAACGCCAACUAUUGUGAUGGUUACCGCAAGCAUAAUGCCUACGUGGCUACUCAAGGUCCUUUACAAGAAACCUUCUGUGACUUCUGGAGGAUGUGUUGGGAAUUGAAAACUGCCACGAUAGUGAUGAUGACUAAACUAGAAGAACGCACUAGAAUAAAGUGCGAUCAGUAUUGGCCAACAAGGGGAACUGAAACAUACGGUUCCAUGUCUUGCACAAUAACUGAUGUACAGGAAUUAGCUACAUAUUGCAUAAGAACAUUCCAAAUUCACAAAAAGGGAUACAGCGAAAGAAGGGAAAUUAAACAGUUACAAUUCACCGCUUGGCCGGAUCAUGGAGUACCUGAUCACCCUGCUCCGUUUUUGCAGUUCUUGAGAAGAGUUAAGAGUUUGAAUCCUAUCGAGGCUGGACCCAUUGUUGUCCAUUGCUCUGCUGGUGUUGGAAGAACAGGUUGCUUCAUUGUCAUUGAUUCGAUGCUGGAAAGGAUGAAGCACGAAAAAACUGUUGACAUAUAUGGUCAUGUUACUUGUCUACGAGCUCAAAGAAAUUAUAUGGUACAAACUGAAGAUCAGUAUAUUUUCAUUCACGAUGCUCUUCAUGAAGCUGUCAUCUGUGGAAUGACGGAAGUACCAGCUAGAAGUCUGCACAAUCAUAUACAGAAGUUGAUGCAAAUGGAACCUGGAGAGAAUAUUACUGGAAUGGAGCAUGAAUUCAAGAAACUUGGCAACAUAAAGACUGAUUCUUCGCGAUUUGUAACUGCCAAUCUACCAUGUAACAAACACAAAAAUCGUUUGAUACAUAUCUUGCCAUAUGAAAGCACAAGAGUUUGUUUGACUCCUUUGAGAAGCAUUGAGGGUUCUGACUAUAUUAAUGCCAGUUUUAUUGAUGGUUAUCGCUAUAGAAAGGCUUACAUUGCCACCCAAGGUCCUUUGGCAGAUACCACUGAUGACCUCUGGAGGAUGCUUUGGGAACAUAACUCUACAAUCAUCGUUAUGCUCACUAAGUUGAAAGAAAUGGGAAGAGAAAAAUGUCACCAAUACUGGCCCAGCGAUCGAUCGGUUAGAUACCAAUGCUUUGUGGUGGACCCUAUUGCAGAAUAUAACAUGCCACAAUAUAUACUUAGGGAAUUCAAGGUGACAGACGCUAGAGAUGGAUCCUCUAGAACUGUACGACAAUUCCAAUUCACCGAUUGGCCAGAACAGGGUGUACCAAAGUCCGGAGAUGGGUUCAUUGAUUUCAUUGGACAAGUUCACAAGACUAAAGAGCAGUUCGGACAAGAUGGACCUAUCACUGUUCAUUGCAGUGCUGGUGUUGGAAGGACUGGAGUGUUCAUAACAUUGAGUAUUGUGUUAGAAAGAAUGCAGUAUGAAGGAGUAGUUGACGUCUUUCAGACAGCUCGAAUUUUACGUACCCAAAGACCAGCUAUGGUACAAACAGAGGAUCAGUACCAGUUUUGUUAUAGAGCUGCUCUUGAAUAUCUGGGUUCCUUCGACCAUUACACCAAUUAAUUUGUUGGUACUUAUUCUUGGAGCAGACAAUAAUGUCCUUCCCCUUCACUCCACCCGCAUAAUAUCAUUAUUUUGUUAGCGAAAUUACUACUGCCAAAGGAGACAGCUGUCCCUAGACAAAUUGAUAUUGUCCGCCUGGCGGUCGGUCAUCAUCUCUAUGCAUUUAGUAAAAAUCCUAGUGUGUGUAAAUUAUGUGCCUAACAUUCAAAUAAUUAAUGAAAGAGAAAUAUCUGUAUCAGAAAAAUGUGUGUGUGUGACCCAUAAAAACUUGAAUCAUUGAGAAAAUGGACAUCGCAGCUUCUUGAACGAUGUGCAAUCAACGGACGUUUUACUAUGUAUCAGUUUUUCUAUUUUUUUAUACCUUUUUGAUGUUGUAAAAAGUCUUGUAGAUUGUUUGUGUAACUUCAUAAUUUUUCAUCAGUUUUUACAGCAUUUUAAUUUUUUGUUAUACCUUUAAUUUGUCCCUCAAAAUUGAUCUAUCUAUGUUAUUGAUAUAUCUUUUUCUUAUUUUGGGAUAUACCGUAGACUUAAGAUUUCACAAACAUUUUUUUUAUGGAUUUUUAUACUGGAAUUCAAGGUAUGCCUAUACCUGAGAUUGAAAUCAUUUCUCUUUCCAUGAUCAAACGUUCUAGGUACGAUCAGUGUUUUCAAAUUCUUCAAUUUGUCGAAUUCAUGUUGUAUUAUAUGGAUCGAUCCAUUUGUUUAAAAACCAUUCCUUAUAACUCAUCGUAUCAUACAUUUAAAUUAUAGCUAUCAAUCCUAACCAGAAACAAAACGAACAUUCCAGUUUCCAAAAGUUUCAUCCAAUCAGUAAUUUCAAAUAGAUUAUACUCUUUUUUUCAUCACAUUUUGAUAUUGUUUAUACAUGAUUUAUAUACCUUUUUAUUGAAUUUUGAAAACAAUUUGAUGUAUGGUAUAAUUUUUUACUACCGUAAGGAUAUUCCACCUUCUAUGAUUUAGUGCUUGAAUGUUGUAUCUUUAAUUAUGUAUACCUGGUUUAUAAGUACCUAUCCUGAAAUUUGAAAAUAUCGCUCCAUCAGUCUAAUCCUCGGUAUGAAUUUCAUUUUGUUCAUUGACGAUUGCAAAAACAUAUCUAUGUAAUUUUUUUCCAAAAUGUGAUUCUAUAAAAUGCAAUUAAAUGAAGAUGAAACUAUCAGAGGACGGUAGAGAUUAAUUAAAAAUAAUAAGAUAAAUCGAUGAGUUUUCAUCAAUAUGAAAAAAUUUCAAUAUAUUCCUUGUUCAAUGAUUCGAGGUUACUUGAACUUAUGAAAAGAAUAAAGUGGUAUAUUUCGAACCAAUUUUUCUGACAAUUAAAUUAAAUAACAUUACAUGAAGAUCACUAAAGAAUAUGGCUAUUACUUGUUUUCAAAUUUCAGUAAAACUUGAAAUUCAACUUAGAUUUGUAAGUAUGACUCAUUGUAUUCCAGGUAAUGUCAUAUAAUUGAUUUCUGUUUUAUUACUGAGUAAUGUCAUUUAGACUGAUGUUUGAUUAAUUAUUUUGUAAUUAUAUUUUGUAAUAAACCACAAUUGUUGUAGCACUUGAAUGAAUGAAAUUUGAUGAAAAUAAAAUUCUAGAUUUUA